AUGUCAGUGUUGCCGCCAGUGACGAAUCCCGCUCGGCUGAACGCCCUUGUUCAAAUAGGUCUGAACCUUACGACCCCUACCUCCCGCGAAACGGCGCCCCCUCGGGACCCAGUGCAGGCCCAAAUUGACGACACUGUCGGAAUCAUGAGGGAGAACAUCACAAAGGUCGCUGAACGGGGAGAGCGACUCGAGGCACUGCAGGACAAGACAGAUACUUUAGCGGUGUCAGCGCAAGGGUUCCGUAGAGGCGCAAACCGCGUCCGUAAGAACAUGUGGUGGAAGGACAUGAAGAUGCGCAUCAUCAUCGGCGCGGCCAUCGUCAUCAUCCUGGUCAUUAUCAUCGUGUCGAUUGUCAAGGCGACACAGAACAAGUAA